UCUUGCCGGGAUCCACCGCUCUUUCUCUUUUCUAACUUGUUAUAUCACUCAAUUGAAUCUCAGCCUAUAAAUUUCAAGCGUACCAAAGCACACAAAGAAUAUCUAUAGCCCUUCAAGGUUUGAACUAUAUAAAAUUCCACACACAACCAAAUGUUACUCUGAAUUCAUGCAGGAGGAAUGAACUUGGUUUGUUGAAGCAGCAGGGGAAGCAUGUUCAAGCUACCCCCAUUUCACAAGCCCCAAACCAGGUAAACAUUCUUUCUUUCGAAAAACGGAUGUGUGUGUGUGUUUAUACAUACGUAUACGUAUAUAUAACACCGAAAAUUCUGAGCCGAGAAUGCCAACCCAAAAUGGCCUACGCUUGCAUGACCUUGUUAGCUGUUCUCAUGGCACUCAUAUCCUCAACCAGAGCCCAGAACAAUUUUCCUCCCAUAAACCAUGACCUUCUAGUUGCCACACAAGAGAUGCAGAUGGCCAAGUACUUCACCUUUGUCAUGCUAAUCAACAUGGCCCCUGGAUCCCUAACUCAAGGCAAUGUCACUUUCUUGGUGCCCAACGACUGGACGCUAGCACAAACCCCGAUUUCAGAAAGCGACGUAGUAGAUUUCUUACUACGUCAUUCGAUCCCUUCCCCUCUGCUUUUCGAGCACCUAGUACGAAUCCCAACAGGUUCCGUUAUUCCAACAGGAAAACCUGAUUUCUUGCUCAGGAUUUUCAACAAUGGAAUGAGGAGUUUUUACCUAAACAACGUCCGAAUCAUUAGCCCUGAUAUAUGCACUAAAGGGUCUUCCUUUAGAUGCCAUGGCAUAGAUAGGGUGGUGCAAGCCAUAAUGGUACCAGGGCACAACCACCCUCCACUUCCUCCACCUAGUGCUUCUAAUAGUUCAAGUCCUGCAGCUGCCCCUCCCACCCUGUGGCCAUCACCGGCACCACACCCACCUGCACCUCCCCCCCUGUGGCCAUCGCCUGCGCCACACCCAUCUGCCCCUCCCGCCCUGUGGCCAUCACCGGCACCACACCCACCUUCACCUCCCCCCCUGUGGCCAUCACCGGCGCCACUCCCACCUGCCCCUCCUGCCCUGUGGCCAUCACCGGCGCCACAACCAUUGGGUGGGGUUGGUGUGCCUCCUUUAAAUAUCCCACCACCAUCUCCACCGGCUCAGAAUGGGGGGCCAUUGAAAUCAGGCUCUUCUCAGCCGCCGCCUUGUGGAGGAUUGCCGUUGGGAUUUAUGAUCACAUGGCUAAUAUUUUCAAGACAGAAGUUCUGAUCUAUGUGAAGAAUAACAGAAAGCAUAUUGAAAAAAAAAUGGUGCUCAUCAGAAUCAAGAGUGUUGGCACCUGUACAAUAUUGGUCGAGUCAAUUUCAUGUUUCUUUACAAAAUGGUUAUCAGUUCUAUAGAAAUCACAUGUGUUGUGUAUAGCGGAUUGCCCGUGCCUAUGUGCACUUUCAACAUAAUUUUAUACUCUCUUAUUAAUUUCCGUGCAUGAACA